UACACAGCACACACGAAACAACAAUGGUAUUCGUUGAAAUUUAAAUGUUGUUUCCCAGGUUUUCUAACCUAUAUUGCAUGUAAUUGUUCUUCAUUGUACUAAAUAAUUUUGGUUUAAUAUCAGUUAAAAUGGAUAAUGAUUUGGAUAGGUCGGUUCGUUUAUUGGAGGACGCCUUAUCACCAGGAGCAGGAUUAUUAAAAAAAAAUGUGCGAAUCCCUAGGAGAGAUAAAAGUGACUGCUUUGAUUUAUCGCUUACAUUAGCUCCCCAUGAAAUAAAAAACAUUAUGUUUAGAGAUGGCACUUCAUUAUAUGAGGAAACUAUAACAACUAUUUUACAUACUGACAAAUCUGUUACAGGAAAAGUUAUACAAGCCAAUAAUAUUCCUUGGAAAACUACAAUUGAUAAUCUGUUUUCUGAAUUUUAUUCUGUUCUCCAAAGUCAUUCAGGAAGUCACAGCAUUUUAGACGUAAUAUCUGAUUUAGCUCGUUGUUGUUCAGAUGUUUUAAAAAUUGUACAAGGAUUGAGAUCAAAAGUUGCCACUUUAUCCAUAGAAGAAGAAAUCUGGUUAGAAGAAGAACGAAAUACAUGGCGAUUACUUUUUAUUCUCUAUCAAGAUCGCCUUUUUGCUCAAAAUGGAAUGCAAGAUAUUACACAAUAUUUUGGUUCUUCUGAAAAACUUUGUGUUGAAAAUUUAUUCAAACGUGAUAGCCUUUUGAGAGAAAGUCAGCUUGUUAUCGAUUGGUUGGAAUGUAACGCGGCGGACAAGAAUGACGAUGUUCUGCACUUUUCAGAUAGUAGUGUGGGUUGGGAAAAUACAUUACAUCAGUUACAGUUUGCAGAAAAUAUAGCUUUCGGCAGCUCGAGGAAGAUUGUAUCACAAAUGGAUCCAGAUGCUCCACAUUACGAAAAAAAACCUUUACACGAUUUGGAUAUGGAAGAUGAAGCACAUCUAUCCAAACGUAUUUUUACUGAAAUUAGGUGUGGAAAAUUAGAGGAAGCUCAAAAGUUAUGUAGGCAGUGUGGGCAUUCCUGGAGAGCCGCUAUAUUUGAGGGUUGGAGACUGUUUCAUGAUCCGAAUAUAAAAGAAAAUCCUGAAUUUGAUGCAAAUUCAGAAGUAGAUGAUGGAUAUGAGGAAAUAGAUUCCAACGAACUUAGGGAAAUCGAGGGAAAUAGUAACAGAGAUGUGUGGAAGAACAUAGCUAUUAAAUAUUGCAAACAAGAAUACUUAAAUCCUUACGAGAGAGCAGCAGUGGGCUCAUUUUGUGGAUUUGUGAGUCCAAUUCUUCCAGUUUGUGACUCUUGGAAAGAUAAUUUGUGGGCGUACAUGAAGUCUAUGGUGGAUAUACGGGUCGAAUCUGAGAUCAGAGAUUGCUGUGUGAGGAACAAAGAAUAUAUGCCGUUGCCCGAAGAAUAUUGGGUUCAAAGAAUGUCUCUUAAUGAAGUCUUCGCCAGCCUAGAGUCGUCCGCGAACCCUACUGUACGGGAAGAAUCUCGUAGAACGGAGCACAUAAUUCAGAAAUAUAUAAUUCUAGACGAAAUACCGUCUCUAUUUGGAGAAUUGGACGAAUGGACAGAAGAUAAUAAAGUAUCGACUCAUUAUUUACGGUUUUACGCGCAUUUAAUUCUAUUUCUGGAUCAGAUCGGUCAGGGACAUAAUCGAGACAUCACGGAAAAGGUGUUGAAAGCUUACAUCAAGAGGCUGAUGGGGCGUAACGAAGCCGAAUUAAUACCGUUCUAUGUGAGCAAAUUGAAUCCCGGCUCGCAAAUUUAUUUGUAUUCACAGUAUUUGGAGAAAAUUAUUGAUACCAAUGAGAGGAAAUCACAUUUGACAUAUGCCGAACAGAAUGGAUUGGACGUUUUGUCCAUCACGAAGCAAGUGGUUGAAAAUAUCAGAAAUAUACCAAAUGAAAUAGAAGGAAGCGUGAACCUUCAGCAAAAAAUCACCGAUUUAGACAAAUACAAGAUAUCAGCCUUAGAUUGGGUAAAUUUUUACGACAACCAGAAAGCUGAGGCCUUAAUCCAAGCAAACGCGAUAAUAUUCACGUUCCUCACCUUAGGAAAACUAGACGCGGCUCAAUUGGCCCUAAAUAAAGUUUCGUCAGACACCGUUGACGUAUUACUAAGUGAAGGUAACGUCGGCGAAGAACUGAACCAGGCAAUUAAGGAACAUUUUAGUUAUAAGGCAUACCUGGAAGCUCACGAGGCAUUUAAUGAGUGGUUUAAACAGUGCAAAUGUAAACCUAUGCCACCCGACGAAUUGCCAGACAAUGCGCAGUUUCCCGAAAAAGUCGCUCAUCAGCAUAGAAUCUCUCAGUACAAAGCGGAACUGGAAAGAUGGAAGCUGACUAUGGCACAUUUAGUUAAAAACGCAAAGACGCUGCUUUAUAACGUUCUACUGUUUCCGGAAGGUUGGUUGGUUGGCGCGAAGAAUGCGGAUUACUUAAGAUCAACUUGUAUACCAGAAAUCGUAUUGCUGUUAUAUUCCAUUUUAUUUGAAUCUGGAUGCCACGAAGAAAGCGUUCAGCUGGCCGACGUUAUCGCGUCCGAAAAAUAUCACAUAUACAACGUGUAUUCAAAAGAGAAGCUUGGAGAAAUAUUGAUAAAAUUCUGUGAGAGUUCCAUUGCACUCUUGAAUGCAAAAAAAGAUCCUUGGGGAAAUGAAAUGUCAGCUUAAUUCUUCUUUUAUUGUAAUAAUUUAAAACAUUUUUUUUGUUUGUCAUAAUAAAUAAAAAAUACAUUUUUUAU